CCGGCCCGGGCCGCCCCUGGCGGGAAGCGGGAAGCCGCCGCUCCGCCCCCGCCGCCGCCAUGGCGCUCCCGCCGCCCGGGACGCUGCAGCCGAAGGAGCCGUCGCCGCGCUCCCGGCAGCGGAUGCAGGAGUCCACCCCGACGGGGACCGCGGAGCCGCCGCCGAGCGCGGAGCCGGGCGGGCGCGGAGCGGGCGUGGGGCGGCAGCUGCGGGUGCUGCUCACGCCUCUCGCCGUCGCGGGCCGGCGGCUGCUGCCCCAGAAGCGGCUGUUGGGCGCCUACGGCGGGGCCGCGGCGGGCAGGGCCCCGGCCGGGAAGAGGCUGUGCCUGGAGCGCAGCCCGCGGAAAGCGGCGCCCGGCUCCCUCCCCGCCGGCACCGGCAGCGGCUGGGACAGCGCCUGGGAUGAGGAGAGCGACGGGAGCGACGCGGGGGACACCCCCGUGAGUGGGGACUUUGAGCUGUCGGCUUAUGAGAGGAAACGGCUGAAGAACAUCACAGAAAAUGCCAAGUUCUUCGCUGCUCUGCAGCUGCAUGAGUCAGCUGCAAGACUUCAACAGAUGGCAAAUAAGAAACAGUCUCACACCACCAAAAGAGCUAAGCCUAAGAAGGCAGAAGAUGAAACAGUGCUUCGAAGAUCCAUGCGCUUACAGAGAGUCAGUCCGUCGGGAAUUCCACUGUCAGAGCUGCCUGCCCAGCCGGAAGCAGAGCAAUAUCCUCAGGUGCCAGCCGGACCUUUGCCAAUGAUUCCAGAAGAUCAGGUGGGGAACAGCAAGUUGGCAGAUGACCUAUUGGCUACGUGGAUGAGGAUAAGUGAGGUGAAAGCUCAUGGUACUGAAAAGCUCACAAGUGACAUGAAAAGGUACCAGGACAGCCUGAACAGCAUGGUGCUUAGUGAAGAUAACAUUAAAAAGGUGGUGAAAUACCGAGUGUGUUCCAUAGCUAUUCAUCCUUCAGAAAGCAUUAUCUUGGUGGCAGCUGGAGACAGGUGUGGGCAGAUCGGUCUCUGGAAUGUGAGCUGCAGAGCUGAAGAAGGAGCACGUGCCUUCACAGCACACAAUGACCCGAUCAGCUGUAUGCAGUUUUCUCCAUUCAACCCUGCUCACUUGCUGUCUGUGAGCAAUGAAAGCCUGCGAUGUGGUGAUGUUACUAGGGCUGUCUUUGAUGAGAUCUGCAGAAGUGAAGACGAAGUCAACCUGUCUUCCUUUGACUUUUUGGAUGACAACGCCUCCACUGCAAUAGUAGGACACUGGGCUGGCGACGUCUGUGUUGUGGACAGGAGGACCCCAGGGACGUCUCCAGAGCUCUCUGCAAACAUUGGCUUCAAAAGAACAAGGACAGUGCACGUUCACCCUGUGAAUAAGCAGUAUUUCGUUGCUGCUGGCUCCACGGACGUUUGCGUUUAUGACGUUCGGUGCCUGGCGGCGGAACGGAACAAGCCCGUGAGCAGCCUGAGAGGACACACGAAGAGCGUUGCUUCUGCCUACUUCUCCCCUGUCACUGGGAGCAGGGUGGUGACGGUGUGUGCCGACAACAAGCUGAGGGUCUAUGACACCACCUCUUUGUCACCCACGGUCACGGCUCUCAGCACUGUCAGCCACAACAACCACACGGGCCGCUGGCUGACCAGGUUCAGAGCAGUGUGGGACCCCAAGCAGGAGCACUGCUUCGUGGUGGGCAGCAUGGCACGGCCAAGGCAAAUCGAAGUCUUCCAAGAUACUGGAAAACUCUUGCACUCGUUCUCUAACCUCGACUGCCUGGGCUCCAUCUGCUCCAUCAACGUCUGCCACCCCAGUAGGAACAUCCUGGUGGGGGGCAACUCCAGUGGCCGCCUUCAUGUGUUCAAGGAGUAGAAACGUGCUUCAGGUGUUUGUAUUUUCCUGCCUGCAUUCCCUUGGUUUAAGCCCCAUUCCGCUGCUCCCAAACCCACGGGAUUUUCUCAGGACAAAAAGUGUAUUGUAAAAGCUUUAAAAUAAAUUUUCUAAGCUAC